GACGUUUUCAUUGCAGCCUACAAUUUUUUAAAACGUUGUGCUGCUGACAGCGUGAUUCGAAUCAUAUUUCAUUUUCAAAUUGUUGCUCUUCUUCUAUUCUUAAUUCGUUAAAUUUCUUAAAAAAUGGUUGUAUUAUCUUCAUUUCCUCCGCCUACCGAAGGAAUCAAAUUAGUUCAGUCCAAUACUGGAGCUUUCAUCAACACCAGAGACUUGGGCCAAGGGACAUUAUAUAUUGCUGAAAGUCGUGUAUCAUGGGUUAGUGCCACAUCUGGCCAAGGAUUUUCGCUGGAAUACCCCCACAUAUCGUUACAUGCUGUUUCAAAAGAUCCUUCUGCAUUUCCACAGGAAUGCUUGUACUUGAUGUUGGAUUCAAGGCUUGAUGAACCCGAUGAAGCUUUAGAUAAUCAAGAUUCUGAGGAUGAGGAAUCUGAAACUGAUAUGUCUGAAGUAAGGUUUAUUCCAGAAGAUCGGGGACUUCUUGAUGCCAUGUACCAUGCCAUGACAAUAUGUCAAACACUCCAUCCUGAUCCUAAUGAUUCAAUUUCAGAUGAAGGAGAUUUUGAAGAUACUGAGGAAGGAGAAUAUUGCCUUGAUGGAGCAGAAACAGCUGAAAAUGAUCAUGAUAAUGGUGAGGCGGAGAAUAUGGAGUCAGACAUGGGUCAGUUUGAAGAUGCCGAUCCUGAACAUUAACGCAC